AUGGCGAACACUUCACAGAAGAGAUUCUCUGAAAAGGGACGGUCUCCUGCACCACCUGCCCGCAACAGCAGCUCGGGCAAAGCGUCCAACAAGAAGAGUUAUGCCUCGGAGGGUGUCAAAGACAAUGACAUCUUUCUGCUCCCGGCCUUCGACUAUCAGGUCAUGGCUUUCAUGACUGUGCUCGCGGCCGCUGUUCGUCUGUUCCGCAUCUAUCAACCCACCAGCGUCGUGUUCGACGAGGUGCACUUCGGUGGAUUCGCCUCGAAAUACAUUAAGGGCAAGUUCUUCAUGGAUGUGCACCCUCCCCUCGCGAAGCUUCUCAUCACUCUUGCCGGCUGGCUUGCUGGUUUCGAUGGCAAAUUUGAUUUCAAGGAUAUUGGAAAAGACUAUCUCGAGCCAAAGGUGCCAUACGUUGCCAUGCGCAUGCUACCCGCUGUGCUCGGUGUUCUCACGAUUCCGACUAUGUUCCUUACCCUCAAGGCCUAUGGAUGCAAGACCGUCACUGCGGCUAUGGGUACGGCAUUGCUGAUCUUCGAGAAUGCUCUCACCACACAAUCACGUUUGAUCCUCCUUGACUCGCCGCUACUCAUCUGCACUGCAUUCACUGCUCUGGCUUGGACUUGCUUCAACAAUCAGCACGAGCUCGGUCCUGAGCGAGCUUUCGAUCCAACCUGGUGGUUCUGGCUGGCUGCCACAGGUCUCGGUCUUGGUGCAACUGUCAGUGUCAAAUGGGUCGGGCUGUUCACCAUCGCGUGGGUUGGCAGCUUGACUAUACUUCAGCUUUGGGUCCUUCUAGGCGACACUGAGAACGUCCCAGCUCGCAAGUGGUUCAAGCACUUCUUCGCUCGAGUCUUCUGCCUGAUCAUUAUACCCAUGGCUUUCUACAUGGGUAUGUUUGGUAUUCACUUUCUUUGCCUCGUCAAUCCUGGCGAUGGCGAUGGUUUCAUGUCCUCGGAAUUUCAAGCGACCCUCAACAACAAGGGAAUGGCUGAUACACCGGCCGAUGUUGCGUUUGGCAGCGAGGUCACGAUCCGACAUCACAAUACACAGGGCGGAUACAUGCAUUCUCACGCUCACAUGUACCCGGGAGGCAGCAAGCAGCAGCAAGUCACGCUCUAUCCUCACAAGGACGAGAACAACAUUUUCCUGCUCGAGAAUCAAACCCAGCCAGUGACCGCUGACAAUGUGACGGUAACUGGACCUCGCGCUUGGAGCAAUACCACCGAUUUGAUCAAGAACGGCGACGUCAUCCGUCUGUACCAUUUGACUACCCACAGACGUCUGCACUCCCACGACGUUCGACCUCCUGUCACGGAAGCUGACUGGCAAAACGAAGUGUCGGCUUACGGCUACGAGGGUUUUGAAGGCGAUGCCAAUGAUAUGUUCCGCGUUGAAAUUGUCAAGUCGUUGUCCGAUGGAGACGUUGCCAAAGAACGUCUGCGUACUAUUCAGACCAAGUUCCGCCUGAUCCACAUUAUGAGUGGAUGUGCCCUCUUCUCUCACAAGGUCAAGCUUCCAGACUGGGGCUUUGAGCAACAAGAAGUCACCUGUGCCAAACAAGGUACAUUGCCCAACAGCAUCUGGUAUAUUGAGCAGAACUUCCACCCGACAUUCGGUCCGGAUGCUGAGAAGGUCAACUACCGCAACCCGGGCUUCUUGGGCAAAUUCUGGGAGCUUCAGCGGGUCAUGUGGCGUACCAACAAGGGGUUGACUGAGUCUCACGCAUGGGAUUCACGUCCUCCAUCCUGGCCUACCCUUCGCCGCGGCAUCAACUUCUGGGGUAAAGAUCAUCGCCAGAUCUACCUUCUCGGUAAUCCUGCGAUCUGGUGGCCCUCGACCUUGGCUAUUCUGGCCUAUGUUGUCUUCAAAGCUGUGGCUGUGCUACGCUGGCAGCGUAGUUGCAAUGAUUACUCAAGCGUCAACUUCAAGCGCUUCGAUUACGAGCUCGGCCAAACCGUGCUAGGAUGGGCGUUUCACUACUUUCCGUUCUAUCUCAUGGCUCGCCAGUUGUUCUUGCACCACUACCUCCCGGCCCUUUACUUCGCUAUCAUGGCUCUUUGCCAACUAUACGACUUCUUUUUCAACCGGAUCCGCAGUUUCGGCAUGAAGGAGGUUCCAGCGAUUGGCAACACGGUCGCUGCAUUGUUCGUGCUGUUUGCCGUCUUCAUUUUCACUUUAUAUGCUCCCUUGACUUAUGGCAAUACAUGGACCAAGGAUGCGUGCCGAUCAGUGAAGCUCAUCGAUACCUGGGACUUUGAUUGCAACACCUUCCAUGACGAUUAUUCCAAGUAUUCGACACCUGUAUCUGUAGCGUUUGAUGGAGCUACUCCCACAUCUUCGCCUGUCGCGGCCGGCUCCUCUGAGGCUAUGCCCAAGGAGGCUGUCACUCCCAAGAAACAGGACGAUUCCAAAGUCGUAGGACGAGAGGAGAGCGUCGAGUACAGAGACCAAGACGGCAAUCUUCUCGACGAUGAGGCAGUGAAGGCGCUGGUGAAGGAGGGCAAGGCCAAAUUCGAGACCAAGUAUGAGACGCGGACUAGAGUCAUUGACGAGGCUGGUAAUGAAGUGCCAGCUGUCGCACCGGACCACCCUGACAUACAGGGCCAGAACCCUGAUACUAAGGGCAUUCCCGAGGCGAAGGGCAAGAGCCAACCCGCCAAUGCUAAAGCCGAGUCCGAGUCAUUGGAAGGCGAGCGAAAAGCAAAGGCUCAACCCGCCAGUGAUGCGAAUGAGGCUACGAGAUAG